AACACUGAUUCCGAUUCCGGUGUCUUUGAAAGUGAUCUAGUUGUGAUGUUGGCGCAAGAAGGCCUUUAGAUGCUCAGUUUCUACUGCUUUUUAAAGCUUACAGGUCUAAUAAAGUUUCUCUCUUUCCCCACAGGAGACAGAACGAUGCCAUCAAAGGGUUCAUGAGAGGAGGCGUAGCUCAGUGGUGGUCAGUUUACCUGGACUUGAUGUCUCACCCGGAGACCUGUUUGUGUCUAACGGAGCCGCAGACAUGAUCAAUGAUUCAAACCUCACUGAUACAAAGAAAUCAAAGUGGCCCUUUUCGAGGCGCAGUACGACUAAAGGGAAGUCACAGGCAGGCACGGUAUCAGAUAUUGAAAAAUACCUUUCAGGGGUGCAGAUUCAAGACUGGAGAAAUGCAGAAAUUCUGAAAUAUAAGGACUUCUCACUGGCUGAGUUCCUCCAGGAUCAGCUCUCGCAGGUGGGUGUUACCUCUGACCCUCAGGGUCGAAAGAGACAAGAGGCCAUCUGGGAACUCUUCACCAGCGAGUGCGUUUACUUCCUGGAUCGGCUCAUUGUUCUCAAAGAGGUGUUUUUUGUCACGCUCACGAACCUGCAGGAGAACAACUGCCUCACGGAUGUUGAUCCAUGGAGCCUGUUUGCAAACCUGAAAGAUCUUUGCCUGGUCAGCCAUAGUUUCCUGAACAGCCUCUUGCGUGUCAUCAAGAACAUGUUGAGUAUUACCCAGGGGGGCGGGCCCACCCUGCUGGAGCUGCUGAGCAAGGUUUUCCAGGAGAGCAUAUGUCACUGCCUGGAGAAGUACUGCCUCAACUACUCCUCAGCUCUGCUUUAUCUGCACAACCUGAUGUCCAGGGAGGACUUUGGAUCAUACGUUAAGUGGUGUGAGAGGAACGAACAGUGCCGGAGGCUGCAGCUACGAGACCUGUUGGUGGCACCUUUGCAGCGGCUAACCAGAUACCCGCUGCUACUGAGGAAUAUUGCAAAGAGAUGUCAGGUGUUGGAGGAAAGCCGAGAGCUGCAGCUUAUAGCUGAGAGAGUGGAGAAGUCUAUAUGUGAUUUGGAGGGGAAGGUCAAGUGGCUGGAUAAUUACCAGAAGAUGAAACUACUGAGAGAUGCGCUCGUGUGGCUGCCUGUUUGGGAAAGAGAUAAACGCGCCUUCAUCCCAGAGAGUCUGAAACAUCUCCUAAAGGCUGUCACUCUGGACAACCUGAUACCCCACAGAAGUCUGCUGCUGGAAGGAAAGCUGGUGCUCUCAGAGAACACAAAGCUCAUAGAUGUUUAUCUGUUCCUGUUUGACGAAUUCCUGCUGAUCACAAAGAUAAAGCGAAACAAGAAGAGGUCUGUUAGUUCUGAGCAGAACCACCUGAGGCUGCAGCAGAACCUGGAGCUGGAUCAGCUGCUGAAGGAGGGAUGCACCUUUACUGUUCUUGAUCAGCCCAUCUCUCUAGACCGCAUGCAGCUUAAGAACAUUGAUCAGCUAAAUGCUUCCACAUCAGGGCUGCCACAUUCUUUCAUCAUAAUGCACCACAACCGGUACCAACAGUGCAUCGGUGCAUUCAUUCUGCAAGCUGCCUCAGAGUCAGCCAAGAGGGAAUGGAUGUCGAAGAUAGAGGGUGCUGUAGCGGCGCUGCUGAAGCUGGACUCUCAGCAGCCGCGAGUCAAGAGCUCCUCACUGUGGCUGGAGUCCUCCCAGAUCUGAUCCCCUCCAGCAGAAUGUCCCAUCUGAAUCCGUCCCAUCGCGUCGGUGAAAGUAGCUGCUCCAAUUCUAGGAUUAUUUUCUAAACUGUUUGCCUUUAAAGGCAGCUGAUAUGUUAGUGUACAAUAAAUAUCUAAUGUCAGAUAUAAUGCCCACGUAGUUUCCUUU